AUGGACAGAAAAAGAGCUACGGAACUGUCCUUAUCAGCAGCAAAGCAUAGUGAUCUCCACUUCGAACAGGGUUCUGUUGAAAUUGAAUUCCUGUGGGAUCCAUUCCUCAACUCUACGACGCUGAAGAACAUACUGGAUCGUGAUCAGCUAGCUGCGGAGCCCUUGAACUCAAGCAAACCCACAACAAUGCUAGUAGGAGGUGGGUUAUGGCAUUUGAAAGACCUGGGUGCCACCUUCCUGGAUGAAUUCGAACGAGGUAUCAGUUCUGUGUCUGCAACCCUUCCACGCAACGCCAGAGACUUGAAUGGAAUCAUUUUACCACCGAAUGCUCGGGAGGGCAUUCGUAACCUUGUUCUUUUUGCUCCAGUAGCGCCGCCUAUCCAUUCGCAGCUCGAUCCGAUGCGUGCUGCAAGAUUUACAUCUGAAAAUAUCCAAGCAAUGAAUAAUUACCUUCGAGACGCGGUCAUCAGGGAUGGAAUUGAAGUUCUGUGGAGUUACUCUCUGAUGACAUGGCAGCAACCUUCUGCUUAUGAAGAGGACGGCUAUCACAUUGUUGAGAAUGUAGCGGACAAACAAGCCGACAUCUUCCUGAACGUGAGAUGCAAUAGUGAGCCAUCACUCGAGCAUUAUCCCUUCGAUAAAACGUGCUGCAACGUUCAGCCACCUAUCAAUUUAGAACAGCAGGUUUUGAUAUUUGUGGCUACCUUGACGAUACUUUACGCCUUCUACAGUGCAUCGAAGCGGAAAAUGCUGAAUCAGCCUGCUACCACCCUACUAGCGGUCAAUGGCAUAACAGCAGCGGUUGGAAUCAUAGCCAUGGCUGUUGUGUAUUGCUUCGUGGCGGAUCGUACACUGAUCUUUGACAAGGUCCAGAAGGUGUCAAGUCAACGAACGUUCUUGCAGAUGAUUACGAUAGUAAUGCUUGGAGGAGUUCUCACCGUGCGGAAACCAGGCGACACAUCUGCUGAGACAUCGGCAAAGCCAACAAGGGCUACUUUAGGACAGAAAUUCCUGUCGAGAGAUCAGACUGAUGAAUGGAAAGGCUGGAUGCAGUUUGUGAUACUCAUAUAUCACUAUACUGGCAUGUCCAAUGUUCUUUGGGUCUACCAAAUCAUCCGCUUACUGGUCGCAUCUUAUCUCUUCAUGACUGGGUAUGGCCAUACGAUAUACUUCUUGAAGACGAACAAUUUCUCGCUGCAACGCAUUGUGUCAGUGCUUGUUCGCUUGAACCUUCUCAGUUGCUUGCUAGCAUAUGUCAUGCGGACUGACUACAAUUUCUACUACUUCCCUGCCCUCUCCAGCUUCUGGUUCCUUGUUGUCUACCUGACAAUCCGCGUUCAUCACCAGCCAAACGUGGUGCCUAGAGUGCUGGUGCUCAAGGUUUUCGUAUCUGUAAUAGUGGUUCAGCUCCUCCUUCAUACUCCUGGUGUUCUGGAGUUCGUGUUUGAACUUUUGCAAAAGACCUGCAAAGUUAACGUGGAUGUUCACGAACUUCGCUUCCGUUUGUCUCUGGAUGCGUAUGUGGUCUAUAUUGGAAUGUUCACAGCGAUCUUACACUUACAAAUCACUGGAGGUCUGCCAUGCUCGACCACUUGUCUUGCUACGCAGAUCAAAAAAAUACCCACUGCCGCUCACGUCUCAGCAAUUUGCGCGUCAGGGGUGAUUGUUCCAACAUACUUGGUCCUUAUCCAAAAGUUUCCUGACAAAUACGCCUAUAAUUGGUGGCAUCCAAUGAUUUCACCAAUGCCGAUAGCCGCAUUUGCAAUCCUGAGGAAUGCCACUCAGCCGCUCCGAGAUUUUCAUUCCGGACUCUUUGCCUGGCUAGGCCGAUUCUCUCUUGAGACGUUCAUUCUACAAUACCAUAUCUGGCUUGCUGCGGACACGAAGGGCUUGCUUUCGUUGGGCCUAUCAAGCCGUGAUGCGGUGGUAGGCACCGAAUGGAUCGACAAGCUAGGCUUAUUGUGCGACUUCACACUUGUAACGGCCUUCUUCUUGUGGGUUAGUUGGGCAGUGUCACAUGCAACAAAUGUUGUGACAUCGUUCAUCGUCAAUGGUCAGCAACCUACCAAAGCUCCUAACCUCCUGGAUACUGUCAGAUGGCGGUGGCUGGCACGCAGCGGUGCAAGGCAAAGUGAAGUCAGCAUCUCAGCUACAGGACAUGCAAGAAAUAGCUCAGGUCAGCGUGGGAACGCACGGGGAGAACAGGAGAACAUCAACAUCUCGACCCCACCAAUUGAGGUCGAUAAUUCCACCGCAACAACCUCCCGCCUCGUGUUACGAAUGGUUUCAAUCCUGCUAUUGAUGUGUAUUGGGAAUUGGGUAAGUGUUUUCGCUACCACAUAUGCUUCAGACCUGAACUAA